AUGUUCCUCUUAUUUCUCCUAACUUUCUCCAACUCCAUUUUCGCAACGAAAUCAGAACAAACUGAUGUGGAGUAUCUCACAUCUGUGAUAAAUAAUAUACGAUUCGAAUUCGCCAAAAGAUAUGAAAUCGAAAAUAUGAAAAUGUUGCGGUAUACCCCGAAAAUGGCGAAAAUUGCAAAACGAGUUGCCUCAAAACUCUCAGGUUCGGAAGUUUCUGAAGAUGUAUUAGAUCUUGGAAUUGUACCCUUUGAACAUAAUAUUUUCGAAGUUUCACUUCACGAUUUUUUUAUUUCACCGAAAGAUUUUGUCACUUUUCAAGAGUUAAUUAAUUACUCACUUUCAUUAUCGAAACUUGUUUUGAUCAAACGGCUAGAUAAAACGCCUGUUUAUGAUCGAGAGGAGGCUCGAAAUAAACAUCCAGCAGCAUUUCAAUUGAUCUAUUAUAAUGCUACUCAAGUUGGAUGUGAUUUCACGGAAGGAAAUAUUUUGAUUUGUAAAUUUGACAAAGCUCCAAAAGUUGGUGAACGAAUUAUUAAAGAAGAUGGGAGUUUUGAGAAAUGUGAAGAUGGGUUUGUGAAACAUAGAAAUGGAUUAUGUGUUAAAACAAGACAAUCAGGGAAACAGUCGGGAAAAGAUGACGAAUUUUAA